UUGAUUUUUGAGCAUCAUCAUCGAUUUUUUUUUCUCGUUGUUGCGAAUAUUUGUUUUGUUUGAAUUUUUUUUUUUUUUUUUUGAAUGGCUGCUGGUGCUACUGCUGGUGCUACUGGUUCAAAUUCACGUUCAAGUUCCGAAUCCAGUAUGAGUGAUUAUGAUUUAACAAAGAUGCAAAAAAUGCAUCGUCAAUUUAAACAAUAUCUAUGGAUUAUACCAUUAUUGGCCGUAUUAUUCAUUCUAUUGAAUUUAAUUAUCGGUUAUGCUUACCUGACAACCAACGAAAUGAUUGAACCAAUAUGGCCAUAUCCAAGUGAUUUAGGUUCAACAAAACCAUAUGCAAGCUAUUUUACUGAAUUUAUUACAAUCAUUUCAUUUCUUUUUAUAAUAACAACAUAUUGUCGUUAUAAACAAAUAUCAUUAUAUUUAAUCAGUGGAUUUGAAAAAGAAACAAAUAAUAAUAAACAUGCAAAAAAAAUUCUUGUAAAAUUACAGAAAAGAAAUUUCUGUUCAUUUUUAUUGAAUUUUAUACUGAUUUUUGCUGCAAUUACAAUGGGAUCGUUUCGUAUGUCUGAACAUUUUAUUAUUCAUUGGAUUGCUUUAUCAAUAUUCAUUAUAUUCACUAUUGUCUAUAUGUUUAUAAUGUGUCAUUUGAGUCGAAAAUUAUAUGAUUAUGGUGAAAUUGAAUCGAAACCAAUAACAAUGUAUAUUUCGGCAAUUAUUCAUACUAUUGCAGCAAUUGUUUCAAUCAUUGCCGGUAUUGUAUCGAUUACACAAUUAAAAUCAUCGGAUGAUAUUAUGAAUAAUCGUUUACGUUUAUUUUGGUUAUCAAAUAUGGAUGGUUAUGAUUGGCAUCUAGUAUCAACAAUUUCACAAUGGAUCGGUAUUAUAAUGUAUAUUCCAUUUUUAUGUUCAAUUAGUCGUCGUAUGCGUUUAUUUCAUGGCUGGAAUCAGAUAAUGUUCUAAUAUAAUAAUCAACUAAUCGAACCACUACAUUCACAUUUUGUUACAUUCGAAUCUUUUUGAAAAAAUCACCUUGUUCCUUUUUUUGUCAUUUU